AUAUAUUUAGGUAUUUGGGUCGACGGCAAUUUGCAGGGCCUAUACAACCGCCGCUUACCUCCCCGCCGGUGGUUAUUUUCCGGCGAAGCACCCAGCAACUCGAUCAGUAAGGUCCUAAGUUUGUUUCUGAAAAAAAUAGUGUACAGGUAUGCUUAUGUAGCUGUUUUUGGUGUUUCAUCUUGCAUCUAUUGUGAUUCAUUCACUAUUAAUGGCCUUAAAGCUUACUGAAAGAGGAAUCCAUGAAGCUGAUAAUCCAAUUGAAGUGUCUUUUAGAGAAGCUUUUGAACUUCUUAAAUCCCAACUAAACCCACCAUUUACCUUAAAAGUGCUAACACAAGAGGAAUACUCAAAUCUGAAUAAAGCUAUAAUCUUUGGCAUUUUAUCCCAACCCAAUUUAGCUGAAGUUCAUAUUAAGCACCUACAUGCAAUUAUUAUUGAUGGGUAUGAAUUGUUUACUUGUAUGCUUGUCAAGAUUGUUGAUGAGUUGUAUGUAAAAUUGCUUGACUCAGUGAAAAUUCAGCUUAUAUGGGUUACUAAAGAGAUGUUGAAUGUAUUGGCUAUAGGAUUUGAUAAAUUGUUGGUGGCUCUUUUAAGGCAAAUUGUAGGUGGGGAUUUUAGUGAGGGAAAUUCGUGGUUGUGUUUGGAGAUGGUUGCACUGUUUUUAGCCAAUUGGGAUUGUUUAUUAGAGGAAGAACCAUUGAUUUUGAAUAAGGGGUUGUAUGUGUUCCUUCGAUUAUUGGCGGAUCAUUAUAGAGUACCAAGUAAUCCAAUGGUUGAUGGAUUGAAGAGAAUGGAGGUUGUAUACUGUGUUCGACUUUUGAGGGAACAAUUUCUUUUGUGUUUGAAGAUAGGGAGGGACUUAAUUAGGCUUUUGCAAGACUUGGUUCAUAUACCUGAGUUUAAAGCCAUAUGGAAAGACUUGCUAUUGAAUCCAAGACAGUUUGGGGUGGAUGGAUUUAGAGAUAUUUCACAAAUUUACCACACAAAAACUCCAAGUUCGUACUUUUUGCUUCGAGUAACUCCUGAAAUGGAAACAAAAUUGAGGUUUUUGCUUACACAUGUCAAGUUGGGUAGUCAAAAGAGGUACCAGGUUUGGUUCGCUAAGAAGUUCCUCGGAGUACCUGGGAGUGAAGUCAUUUUAAUCGACAUUGUUAGGUUUAUAUGCUGUUCAGUUCAUCCAUCCAGUGAAAUAAUGCAACCAGAUAUCUUACCCAGAUGGGCUGUGAUUGGUUGGCUAUUGACGUCGUGCAGGAAGAGUUAUGUCGAAGCAAACUUGAAGCUUGCGUUGUUUUAUGAUUGGCUUUUCUAUGAUGAAACCACUGAUAAUGUAAUGAACAUUGAGCCUGCAAUUCUUUUGAUGGUGAACUCUAUACCCAAUUAUAUUGAAGUUACCCGUACUCUUCUCGAGUUCCUACUAAUUGUGGUUGACAACUAUGAUAUUGAGAGGAAGGAGAUAGUCUCCAAAGGGGUGUCAACAGCUCUUUCUACACUAGUUAAAAGAGGAAUUGUCAGUUCACUUGAUGUUUUGACUCGCUCUGACAUGAUAGCACCAGUCCAUAGGGAAAUGUUUGGGAAAUUGGUAUUGGUCAUGCAAGGUAUCCAUUCCAAAAAAAUAGGAUCAGCCAGUAUCGUCCAUGAUAUGUCACCACCACCUAGCCAUUUGCCCUCAUCAAGCUUGGGAUCCCAACAUUCUAACAGGGUGAACUGUAAUUAAUUGUGUCAUCACAGGCAUAUCCAAGGAAGAUCUGUUGAUGCUUCACUUUCGCCUCCCAAAGAAUUACU